AUGACGUCCCAACAACUUGCAGAUGUUACUUGGGAUAAGACUACACCUCCAGCAACUAUGAGCAGACGCGAACUGGAAGGCAUCAGCAUUGCUAUGCUGACACUUACAUCUUUGGUCUUCGUGGCGCGGAUUGUCACUCGAGUGUCUAAGCGGAGGACAUUCGAGCUACAAGACUUCUUCUGCUAUCUGUCUUACAUCUGCUAUGUAGCAAUGCUGGUCAUGUUUUUCAAGGAGAACGACCCCCUCUACCGAGCUGAGCGUGUCCAGAGAGGCGAGGCGCCACUGUAUCCAGAGCUUUUAAUGUUCCUUCCAUUUCGCAUGACGUGGAACCUUCGGCUACCUAGGGCCCAAAAGCUCGGGAUCUUUGUCCUGUUCGGGAGUGGUUGGAUAUGCAUCGUCUUCGCCACGCUUCGUGUCGUUCAAGUCAGCGUCAAAGAUGGACUGCCAAAGAUCCCAGAUCCAAAGUGGCUGCAAAUGUGGACUAUCAUCGAGACUUCCAUGGCCGUCAUCAUUGGAUGUGCUCCAGCAUUCAACGCUCUUCGCCGUCGCUCUGGUCAUCACAAUGUUGAGAUAUCGUCUAUUCGCCUGGAUAUCGAGACCGUAGGUGGCGACCACACUACUCAAGUGGAGCCUUAUAUGCGAGUUCUGCGAACCAAGGAGCAAGGGAGUGAAGAAGCACUGCAUCCACGCGGUACUCCUGGACUCGCCUUUUGA